UCAUAUGAUUUUUAAAAAUAAAAAUUUCUUCAAAUUUUCAAAACGAUAUAUAGUUAAGACUAGCUCAAAAACUUGUGAAUUAAAUAGAAUUGAUGAUAGCAUAUUUUGCAUAUCAUUAAAAAGAGUUGAGGGUAGGAAUGCCUUAAAUAAAGAAAUGAUUGAUUCAUUACAUACAUACAUAAAAGAAAUAAAUCUUAAAAAUGAUGUUCAUUUGCUGUUAUUACGGAGUACUGUACCUAAUAUAUUUUGUGCAGGUGCCGAUCUUAAAGAGAGAGCUAAAAUGCCUCUCGAUUCGAUUGCUUCCCAUGUUAGACGUUUGAGGGAUUUAUUUCACGCUCUUUCCAAACUUCCUAUACCUACUAUAGCUGCUAUAGACGGGACGGCAUUGGGAGGCGGCUUGGAAAUGUGCCUAGCAUGCGAUAUUAGGAUAGCCACGGCACAAGCUAAGAUGGGUUUAGUUGAAGCCAAGUUGGGAAUAAUCCCUGGUGCAGGCGGUACUCAAAGAUUACCUCGUUUGAUAGGAGUCGCCAAGGCCAAAGAGUUAAUAUUUAAGGGGUCAGUUAUAUCGGGAGCCGAAGCACUUAAAUUGGGUUUGGUUAACGAAAUCGUUGACGGAACGGACCAUUCGCCGAACUCAAACGACCCCGAAAAUGGCGACGAUAGAUUUCCAGCCUUUAACAGGGCUCUACAACUAGCCAAGCAAAUGAUAAACCAAUGCUCACCAUUAAGCUUGAGAUGCGCCAAACAAGCGAUCGAUGAAGGAUAUGAAAUAUCAAUACAAGAGGGAUUAAAUGUUGAAGAUAAAGAAUAUGAAAAAGUUGUGAAUUCAAAUGACAGAAUUGAAGGUCUAAAAGCAUUUUUAGAAAAAAGGCAACCAAUAUACAAAGGAAUUUGAUAUAUUCAAUUACACAUAAUUUCUAAAUUCAAUGAUGACUCAAAGAAGUUUUUGGUGGUGCAUCUAUAGUUUUCUUCUUUUUUCCUGAAAAUAAAUAAACGAAUAGCAUAGUCCAGCCAGUCAAAGAAGCAAUUGCCACCUUAUUUAUUAUAAUUUAAUUAUAAAUAAAUAUUAUCUUACAUUUUGUCUUCCUCUCCUUGUUAUUGUAUUAAAAUAUCUAGAAAAUCCUUUUAAAUUAGGAUCAUCAACUAAUCCACCACCACCUCCCAUUUUUUUAUUAUUAUAAAAAUGAUAUGGUUAUUAGAAAAAAUGGUAUACUGGUCUUUAACCCAAAAAUCUUAAAAUUGGAUAACUUUCGAGAUUUUUAGUUUUUUUUUUGCUUUUAAUUUUUAUGAUUAAUUAAUUAGUCAUAUUUCUAAUUUAAUUCUAAAAUAUUUAUUAUUUGUAAAUCUAUAUCUUAGAUAUUUUUUUUUAAUAUAUAUUAUACUAAUAAAAA